CCUACUGUCUAAUUGGUCGAUGUAAUUGUGUACAUGCAUUAGAAAUAUAAUGGGAGUAGGUAGUAUAUAAAAUAGCUAUAGAGCAGAUUUGUCAUAUGAUAAUAAAAAUAUCACAGGUGUGAGAUUAUUGGCAACAUAACUAACAGAACAGUGUGGGUCUGCCAGCUUGCAACCUCCGGUCCAAAUGAAAAUAAUGUUUGCUUGAUUUAUAUUAAGAUUACGUCUUUUAAGAGACCCGAUCCCUUCAAUUGAUAGCUGUUCUUCCCCUUCCCACUUAUAUCAUCAUUAUUUACGCCCAUGUGUGUGGGAUUUAAAAAGCAGUGGAGAUCAGUUUGAAAAUGAAUGCGUCUGUGGACUCGACCCAAUAGAAGCCACUCCUGUACAACCUGAGGGUCUUUCCAAUUGGAUUUUCGCUUUAGAUUCGCAUAGAGACGUGCGGAAAUGGGAAAGAAGACCGGUGAUGCUAACAAGAGCUGCGGAAGGGUAGACGUGCAGAGCGUCAUCCCCAAGCGAAGACAGGAUUUGCUCAAGUGGAACGGCUGGGGUUACAACGAUUCCAAAUUCGUAAUCAAAGAUGGGAUCGUUCAUUUCACCGGAAACAGAUAUCCGAUUGGUGAAUUGGCUCUGCCGUAUUUCACUCAAUGGGCAAAGGAUGUACUCGGAUUGGACUUGCAGUCUGUGAGGGAUUCGAAGCCGCCACCCACGUCCUCAAGUUACCCGCCGCCAAAUGUAUCGGACCAAGUGCUGAACGGCAUCGCCAACCUAGAGGUGAGCUACUCUGUGGACGUAGUGGACCGAGUGGUGCGGGCGCACGGUCACACUUUACACGACAUCCACACGUUGCGAGAAGGAACUUUUGAGCGUAUACCUGACGUGGUCGUGUGGCCGCAAAGUCACGACGACGUCGCCAAAAUCGUUCGCUUCGCCGACGACAAUAACCUGGUGGUGAUCCCGUUCGGCGGCGGCACCGCUGUAUCGGGUGCCGUGGAGUGUCCUCGGAACGAGCCGCGCACUAUAAUCUCGCUGGACACAUCGCAGAUGAACAGCAUCCUCUGGGUGGACGGCGAGAACCUGGUCGCUUGCUGCGAGAGCGGUAUCAUCGGACAGGACUUGGAGCGUGAGUUGGGCAAGCUCGGCUACAUGACCGGCCACGAACCGGACAGUUUCGAGUUCUCGAGCUUAGGCGGCUGGGUGGCAACGCGCGCCUCUGGCAUGAAGAAGAACGUGUAUGGUAACAUUGAAGAUCUGCUGGUGCACGUGAAGAUGGUCACGACUAAGGGAGUCUUGGAGAAGAGUUGCCAGGUACCGCGCAUGUCCUGCGGUCCGGACUUCAACCACGUCAUACUUGGUUCUGAAGGAUCGCUGGGUGUGGUGACAGAGGUGGUGCUGAAGAUUCGGCCGUUGCCGCAAUGCAAGAAGUACGGUUCCGUUGUGUUUCCGGACUUCGAGAGCGGUGUUAAGUGUAUGAGGGAGAUAGCGCGCGAACGCUGCCAACCCGCGUCUGUUCGACUGAUGGAUAACGAGCAAUUCAAGUUCGGACAAAGCCUGAAAGCCGUUCCUGGUAUGCUUGGCUUCCUCGUUGACGAAUUCAAGAAACUGUUGCUGACGAAGCUGAAGCGUUUUGAUCUAAAUAAGAUGUGCGUCAUGACUUUGCUGUUUGAAGGCGGCAAGAAGGAGGUCGAGGACCACGAGAAACGGAUAUACGCCAUUGCCAAGAAGUAUGGAGGUAUACCAGCUGGAGAGACGAACGGUCUCAGGGGUUACAUGCUUACCUUCGUUAUCGCCUAUAUUAGGGAUUUGGCAGCCGAUUUCAGCGUAGUCGCUGAAUCGUUUGAAACGUCUGUGCCUUGGGACAGAGCCCUUGCCCUCUGCAGGAAAGUGAAGCACCGGAUCGCCAUCGAGUGUAACCGCAGGAACAUCAAGCAUCACUUUGUCUGCUGUCGCGUUACACAAACCUAUGAUGCCGGAUGCGUGAUUUAUUUUUACUUUGCGUAUAAUUACGUGAACCACUCGGACCCAGUACAAGUGUAUGAAGAGAUCGAGGACGUUGCCCGGGAUGAGAUCCUCGCGGUCGGUGGCAGCAUAAGUCAUCAUCACGGUGUCGGCAAGCUGCGCAAGAAAUGGUAUCCGGCGACAGUGAGUCAGGUCGGCGUAGGUUUGUUCAGGAACAUUAAGAAGGAACUCGAUCCCAACAAUGUGUUCGCAACCGGCAAUCUUGUCGAAGCCAAAUUGUAGAAUCAGUCUCAAAUUCUAUUGUUUCCCUAUGUUUUUCUUCCUUAUUCAUUUGUUUUUUUUAUUCCAAUGGAGUAGAAGUUAUUGGUGUAUUUUAGUUACCGUAUCAGAAUAAUGUUUUCUAGUCAAAAUAUUCAACUUUCGUUCAACAUUUUUUUUGUACUUAUUAUCA